AUGAGGGAGACGCUGGCGCGCUUGUGCGACCGGCAACUGGGGCCAGGGCUGGACCCGUAUGUCGUCGGCGCGUGCCCCUUCGCACACCGCAAGAGGCGCGGCGGCCAGCACCCCGGCAUCGAGGGCCGCAAGGUCUUCUACUACCGGGCGCGGCACGUGCCCGGGAGGGACCUGCUGCCGCCGAGCGACAGCCCCGUCUCCGACUGGGCCUGGUUGUCGCGCGGCGAGCUGCCCUCGCACCUGGAGGAGGGCGAGUGGCGCGCGGUGCGCAGUGGCAUCCCGCUGGACCUCGUCGGCGAGUGA